AUGUCAACAGAAGAAAAGAACAUAACAAGCGAAACUGCCACAGCAGAGGGAGCUGAACAAAUUGACCUUGUUGCCAAAGAAUGGAUUCAAGCACAAACUGAGAAAGAAGUGAAACGUAUUCGAGAUGUCGGCUCAAGUGUGAUUCCACUCAAGACUCUGAAUUGUGGAAUUAUUCCCAACUUUGAUAAUAAGAAGCCAAGAGCCAUCAAUCGAAUUGAACUUGAUACAAAUAUUGAUCUAUCCAAGGUCCAACAAAUCAUGGUUUCACCAGCCGUUUCAUACCCGCAUAAACAGCACUUUAACUAUGUGAAUCUCAUUCUAGUGACUGGUCAGCCCAUUCCAUUCUUAGCUCCUUAUCUCUAUCAAACCAAUCUAAAGGUGACGCAACCUGAGAGAGAGGAAGAGGGUCGUAAAUAUCCAAGCAAGCAAGUUAUUUUGAAAAAUGACUUGAGAGAAUAUUUACUGAUAAACAAGAAUGGUAUUUGUGCCCGUUUUACUAUUCAUGAAUAUCACAGUGUAUAA